GGGUGCAAAAGUUUUGCAUUUCACUGAUAUACGAAGAGAAAGCUUUGUACCAUCCACCACUCGCAUGCAUCUCUAAGCUCUCCCACCUCUUCAUUUUCAUCCACAAACUUCAAACAAAUUCUCUCUCUCUCUCUCUCUCUCUCUCCAUGGCUAGCUUGAGCUUCAUAGUUGGCAUUUUCGGUAACAUCAUUUCGAUUUUGGUUUUCACUUCUCCCAUUUCAACGUUCUGGCGAGUAGUCAAGAAGAGAUCCACAGAGAAUUACAAAGGAGUUCCGUACAUAACCACUCUGCUGAGCACGAGUCUCUGGAGCUUUUAUGGGAUACUCAAGCCGGGUGGAUUUCUCGUGUUGACAGUGAAUGCCGCUGGAGCCGUCAUGCAGUUCAUCUAUGUCACUCUGUUUCUCAUUUAUGCUCCCAAGGACAAAAAGAUUAAGUUGAUGAAGUUGGUGGCCAUUAUAAACGUGGGCUUUUUUGGGGCGGUAAUAGCAGUGACUCUUCUGGCAAUCCACGGAAAUAUGCGGCUCACGGUCGUGGGAAUUUUGUGUGCUGGAUUGACCGUCGGCAUGUAUGCCUCUCCUCUAGCUGUGAUGAGAACAGUUAUUAAGACCAAGAGCGUCGAGUAUAUGCCAUUUUUCCUCUCCUUCUUCUUGUUCCUCAAUGCCGGCGUUUGGUCUACUUAUGCGGUGCUGGUCAAAGACUUCUACAUCGGAGUUCCGAAUGGGAUUGGGUUCAUACUUGGAUCAGCGCAGCUGAUACUGUAUUUAAUCUACAAGAACAAGUCCACGGCAUCGAAAUCAGAAGAGUCUACAGAGGAAGCAGAGGAAGACAGAUCGGCCCAUCUAGUCAAAGGGGACGUAGAGAUGAGUUCGUACGAAGUUGAGGACGAGAAUCGGCUGAAAAACCGUACCAUCGCUAAGGGAAGAAGCCUUCCCAACCCAUCAGUGAAUCGACAACACAGUUUGCAGAAGAUCAUGAAGACGCUUUCCAUGAGUCCGUAUGAACUCCACUCUCAUGAGGAGGACGAGUACGACAUUGGACGUUGAAACGAUGACCAAUACAAUUAAAAAUCCCGACGCGGGUUAUGACAUGCAUCAUGUCCAUGUAAAGCAAACGCAUGCGAGUUCUUGGAAGAGGCGGAUGUUAUCGGAGCAAGUUGACUUCACUGUGAGAUUGACUUGAUUCCAUGGUCUAUGUGCAUUGGAUUGAUACAAGGCUUACUAAAUGUACUAGAACUUCACAA